UAGACGAUCAAAUUCCGAACCAAUUCCGAUCAAAGUGGCGGCCAUUUUUCGGACAUCAGAAUUUCCAGUUUGAUGGCGAUUUGAUGGGCGGUUACACGGGCAACAAGGCGGCUGUUUCAAAAAUCCGAGUUAACCUCACUCUUGUAGCGUGAGUUUCGAGUUGGUUCGGAAUUUGAUCAUCUUAUUUAUUAUGGAUCCUGCCGCAAAGAAAUCGUUACUCUUUAUUAUCAUUAUAAGUACAGUUGUAAUUGUAUAUUGGUUGCAAAAAAAACACAGGAACCGCAAGGUAUGGAGUAAGAACUGGCUCCUCAAGAAGAAUACUUCUCUCCUUCAGUACGUAAACACCGACAUCCUCGAAGAAGAUCCGCUGACUUACACAAAUUUCUUGCGAAUGAAUGAUGCCACAUUCAAUAAGUUAUUAAGAAUGAUCGAACAUCGAAUCACAAAACAGAAUACCAACAUGCGAGAAAGUAUUUCAGCAAGGAAACGGCUGCAAAUUACCUUACGCUAUCUUGCGAGUGGAGACUCUUUCACAAGCCUUGGUUUAAUCGGGCUAAUCCAUAGAACAACUGUGUCUCAAAUUGUUAAGGAGACCUUAGAAGCGAUAAAAUUGAUACUUGGACCAAUCUAUCUGCGUGUACGUUACUACUUUAAUCGCAUUUAAAUUCUAAGAUUGACUCUGGGACAAUUCUUGAAAUAUUUCUCUUUCUUUACUUUUAUUCUUUGGGAAAAUACAGACUAAAUUGCGAUAA